AGGCUGCAGAGCUCGGCGCCGCGGCUCUCCGCUCCUCGCCGCUCCUCCGCGCUCUUCCGCGCUCUGGCGCCGCCGCUGCCGCCGCUGGACCGAAGGGACCGUCCUGGCUCCACCGCACGGCCGGUCCACGAGGACUUUGCCGCCUGCCGCCUCUCGCCAGUCCGAUCGCCGCGGCCACCUGCGCACGGAUGGAGCUCGACCACAUGACGAGCGGCGGCCUCCACGCCUACCCCGGGCCGCGGGGCGGGCCGGUGGCCAAGCCCAACGUGAUCCUGCAGAUCGGUAAGUGCCGGGCCGAGAUGCUGGAGCACGUGCGGAGGACCCACCGACACCUGCUCACCGAGGUGUCCAAGCAGGUGGAGCGGGAGCUGAAGGGGCUGCACAGGUCGGUGGGGAAGCUGGAGAGCAACCUGGACGGCUACGUGCCCACCGGCGACUCGCAGCGCUGGAAGAAGUCCAUCAAGGCCUGCUUGUGUCGCUGCCAGGAGACCAUCGCCAACCUGGAGCGCUGGGUCAAGCGGGAGAUGCAUGUGUGGCGGGAGGUCUUCUACCGGCUGGAGAAGUGGGCCGACCGCCUGGAGUCCAUGGGCGGCAAGUACCCGGUGGGCAACGACCCGGCUCGCCACACCGUCUCCGUGGGCGUCGGGGGUCCGGAGGGCUACUGCCAGGAGGCGGAUGCCUACGACUACACCGUCAGCCCCUACGCCAUCACCCCGCCGCCUGCCACCGGCGAGCUGCCCGGGCAGGAGCCCGUGGACGCCCAGCAGUAUCCGCCCUGGGGGCCCGGUGAGGACGGGCAGCCCAGCCCCGGUGUGGACACGCAGAUUUUCGAGGAUCCGAGGGAGUUCCUCAGCCACCUGGAGGAGUACCUGCGACAGGUGGGCGGCUCCGAGGAGUACUGGCUGUCGCAAAUCCAGAACCACAUGAACGGGCCGGCCAAGAAGUGGUGGGAGUUCAAGCAGGGCUCUGUGAAGAAUUGGGUGGAGUUCAAGAAAGAGUUCCUGCAGUACAGCGAGGGCACACUGUCCCGGGAGGCCAUCCAGCGGGAGCUGGACCUGCCGCAGAAGCAGGGGGAGCCACUGGACCAGUUCCUGUGGCGCAAGCGGGACCUGUACCAGACGCUCUAUGUGGACGCGGAGGAGGAGGAGAUCAUCCAGUACGUGGUGGGCACCCUGCAGCCCAAGUUCAAGCGCUUCUUGCGCCAUCCACUGCCCAAGACCCUGGAGCAGCUCAUCCAGAGGGGCAUGGAAGUGCAGGAUGGCCUGGAGCAGGCGGCCGAGCCCGUGGGCCCCCGCCUCCCCACCGAGGACGAGGCCGAGGCCGAGGCCGAGGCGCUCACGCCAGCCCUCACCAACGAGUCUGUAACCAGUGACCGGACCCAGCCCGAAUAGAGGCCAGCCCGGGCCCCAGCCUGCCCACCACACCCCGCCUGUGGCCUUUGCCAACCAGGACUGUCGAGCUGGGCUGAGUCCUGCACAGCGGAGCCCCUCAUCCUCACCUGGCUGGGCACCCAACCUCAGCCUCCCAGCCUGACUCACACAGACACAUGUCAUCCAGCUGUGGGCAGUAUCCCCCAAACAGCGAAGGGCCCCUGCCCCGUCACCCUCCUUCUGUCUGUCUUUUCCGGUCUCUGACCCCAUCCUGCACACUCUCUGGCCACCCCAGGACCUCCCAGCAUCGGUAUUCUGCUCAACCCCCAGGGCCCCCUGGGCACUCAGAAAUCAAUGUCCAGAUGGCCCAGGCCAGUGAACCCCGAGCCCAAGGGACACCCCAGAGCAGAAGCUAAGACAGCAGCAGCACCACAGGAACCUUGGCUUUGGGGCGCCGCCUUCCCCUGGCAGUUGCUGUGCAGCCGGCUGGCGCUCUUGCGCUGCCCAGGGCAGCCGGCCAGCCGCAGGCAGCGAGGCUCCCUCCUGCUGCCGAAAGCCAGAGCCUCCGGAGCGACCGACCGCUGCGGCGGCAGCCCCGCGACGGCCGCAGCAGACCUGGCGUCCGGGUGCCUCCUGGCUCCUCAGGUGAGCCCCGGCCCCAAGGCACCCCCGCCAGGGGGCACUGUGGGGGAGGGAGGGCCCCGGGGCCAGGUCAGCCCCAGCAGCACCAGUGAUCCACCCCAGCCUGGAAAAGGAUCGCUGGGCUGGAUGACUCACCCGCAGCCGGGGGAGGGUCUCACGGGGCCUGAGUCCUCAAACUCAGCUGAGGAGCCAGGAGAGUGACGACAGGUACAGCCCGCUCUCUCCACUGAGACCCUGUCCCUGCUCCCCCCACCGCAGGAUCCCAGGCCCUGCGCCCCCCAACACAGUGCUCUGGGCAAGCUGAGAGGCAGCCCAGCAUGGGGGCUUGGCCCUGGGGGAGCAGCCCCAUAGUGUCCAUCCUGUACCCCUCCUGUGCAGCCCCUCCCAGCCUGUGGCCUGUCUCUGACCACCCCCCCACCCCGUCUUUCUUUCAGGUCUCAAGGCUCCCACAGAGCUUUCGCUGCGGCGCCUGGCCUGCCCCUCCCUCUCCUCCUGCAAGCUGCCCACACAAGGAGACGCUGAGGUCCGCAGAGUUGCUGCAGAGAGGGUGGGCCCGGCAGAGAGCUGGUGAUGAAGACGGGCCAGCGUGAGGGCCAGGGCCUGCCACUAGGCCUGCCCCGCUGACCACCAGCCUGCCUGCCCCCACGGCCGCUGUGGCUGGAGGUGGGGUCUGCUACCUCGGGCCCUGUCUCACUCCAGCCCAGGAACCCUUGCCCACGGCACGGCGGCCAUCCUCUCUUGCCAGAGCUUUCCAGGAGCUCUGAGGCUGAGGCCCCAGCCCCAGCCCUGCCCGCAGCCCCAGGCCCAGCCCCAGGAGACCCCAGAAGCCUUGCACCUGGGGCUUAGGCAGGCUCUCUGCCAGGCCCCGCCAUAGCCGGGGCCCAGACCCCCACCUCCCCCGGCACCAAUGCCCCAGUGCUGGCCGGCCACUCGUGUCUGCAGCCCGAGCAGGCCCUGGCUGGGGGUUCUCCUUUCUGCCUGUCCAGUGGGGGUUCCCACAUUCAGGGGACUGAUGGCUGCAGGUGACUCUGUCAGCCCCUCCAUCCUGCACCCCUGCCAGCCCCCCCCCAGAUUUUAUUUUUGCACAUAAGCCAUAACCCAUACUCAUAGGCUGGCAUAGGCUGCAGGGAGGCCCUGGGGUCCUCAAGAGGGUGUGACCAGUCCCCCCCCCCCCCCGCCCCGGUCCCCAGCAGGUCAGGCCUUCAGUGUCGGGCCAGGCUGUGUGUACCCCUGUCACCUUACCUGAAGACAGACUCUUUUGUAAGAUUUUGUUAAUAAAACAGUGGAACUUCUCGGUGUGUGCAGUUGUUUCUCGUUGGCUGGCAUGGAGCUCUGGAGGGAGGUGGCUCAGGGUGGUGGUCCCCAGAAGCCACACGAGUGCAGACUGAAGGGUCUUUGGGGAUCUAGGGAGCCCCAUUACCCCGCAGGCCAGUUGGUCAGGGUCCUGGAUCCUCAGGACAGUAGGGCCUUAGGGGCUCCGCUCAUGGAAGCCCAUGCCCUGUGGCCUCCACGCCUGAGGCAGCCAGUUGUGGGAGAGACUGGUGGAGACCUCCUUCUGGCUAAGCUGAGGACUGCCCCCCAGCAUCCUCUGCCCACUGCCCGCUGGGGCGUGGGGGUGUCCUGAGAGCUCUCCUCCGCCAGCUUCAGCCCACAUGGAGGCCCAGGGCUUCUGCCUCGGGGCCUCCUCCAGCAUCAAGCCCUGGGGACCCAGGCAAGGCAAGAUCCCUGCUGGGAGGUGACCCUGACAAAUCCUGGGUCGUAAACGUGUUGUCUCCAAGCCUGUUUCCUCAUCUGCCAAAUGAGCAAACCAUCACUAAUAUAAAUCCACGUGUGGGUUCAAGAACCAAGAGACAAGGGCCAUCUCGUGCCCUGUGGGUGGCAUGGAACCUCACCAGCUUCUGUGAGGUCCCAAGGCCCCUGAGAGAGAGGGAGAGCUAGACUGGAGAGGGCUCAAACCCUUGGACCAGGCAGUGAUCAAGGAGAAGCAGGCCCAGUGGAGGCGGACAGUGAGCCAUUGGUUACGAGGAGUUCGCUUGCUCAGUUGUGGGUCAGGCUGGACCUCCGGGACUCAGGCCGAGCUGCUGUGGGAUUUCUUCUUUCCCGGCGAUGGCUCAGCUCUGCAAUUAGGGCCCGUCAACUGAUUGAGCCAGGCCCACCCAGAUGACCUCGGUGAUCAUCCUUAUGUAAAGUCAACUGAUUAUGGGCUUCAGUCACACCUGCAAAAGGCCUUCCAAGCAAUACCUGCAUUAGGGUUUGAUUGAAUACCGGGGGACGGUUCCCUAGCGAGACUGACAUGUAAAACUGACCACCACAAAUGCCAGUCAUGGGCAGAUGCUGGUCACCUACCCAGCACAGGUCCUCCCCUCCAGAGGGGCUGCUCUGCUCCAGGGGGUGCCAGGCCAGGGGGCGAAGGCAGGUGUGGGUAGUGCGAGCAUAGCCAGCCUGGGGAGGGCUGCCCCUGCUAGAGCCUUGCUGCAGGGUCCUGUGGAGGACGGAGCCCUGCCGGGCCACAGGGAGGAGACCUGCGGAGGCAGGAAGUGAGUGGGGGCAGAAAGAACCACCUGCCACGAGGAAAUGUCGUCACCUCUGCGGGGGGGGGGGGGGGGGGCUGGCAGCCCUGAGCAAGGCCCUCCAUGGUGAAAAGGUGGCCUCUUCCCUACUCUUCCCUUUUAUUUCUUUUAAAUAACGGAAGCUCUGACAAGAAUGGGGAAGGGAAAUUGACAGGAACAGAAGGCCAGGGCCGCACAGCGACGUCUGAGAGGUAGUGAUCUCUCCCAGAGAAACACUCCAGCUCACAUCAAAAGCUGGAAGCUGUAGGUGCUUUUUCUUUUUAAUAAUAAAAAGCUACUCCCUGUAAUUGGAUGAUUGUGAGACAGGCUAUCUGAGCACUUCAUGUAAUUGGAGAUGCAGCUCCGAAUCUCUGUGUCCUCAGAGAAGAGGCCGAGGCCAAGGGAGGAGCAGGGCAGGGUGGAGAGGGCUGCAGGGGCCCAGACCCAGCCACGUCCAGGAACGGAACAGGAUGUUCCCAGAACAGGCCUCACUCACUCCUCCCCGUCUUGCCUGCCCAUUAUCACAGACUACCCAGCCUCCCCUCUCAACAAGCGCGUGGGGAAACUGAGGCACAGGGCGGGGCCGUGCUUGCCUCCCUUUGGGGAUCAGAGCUGGAACUGGAGACAGGGUGUCCAGAAGCCCUGCGGGGGCUCAGCCUACAGAUCCAGCUUGCUGCGGGGCUUCUGAGCCAUGUGGAUGUGGGCUCAAGCCCCAGGGCUGCCUUUUCUCUAAGGUCAGGUCUGCACAUAGAGCUGGCAUGAGGGUCAGAGGGCAGGGGGCUCAGGCUGGGGAGGUGCUCAGAGUGUUACUCCCUAUUGUCCCUUCAAGGCUCAGCUGAGACAUAGGUCUUGCAUGUCCCCUUAAUGUGCUGUUGGGGGUGAGCACUUAGCCCUGGGGGGUUAAGCAAGCCGCAAGGGCCAGCCUGAGAAACGGGCUUGGGAAAGUGUAUGAGUCAGAGUGAGGCCAAGCUGCUGUAACAAAGAGGCCCAACAAACUGGCUUCUUUGCAGUCCCAUGAGCAUGUGGCUGGUGCCUGGGCUCCUGGGCUUAUUCAGACCUUGCAAGUGUGCUGGCACAUCCAGGCCACUGUCCUUGUCUGCUGGCUGAAGCCAGAGGAAGGGCAAAGACACAGGAAGGGCAUACCACAGGCUUUAGGCUCAGAGAAGCCCAGGGAAGAGGCCCAUCACUGCCACCCACACCAGCCCCAGGGCAUGCAGUCACAUGGCCACAUCUAGCUGCAUGUAGGAGGGAGGGAGAGAGGAUUUUGGUGGACAGCCAGAGGGCAGAAGACCACACGGAAAAUUGUUUGGGGUAAUGUGAACUUCGCCUUGCCCCAGGGAGGUCUGGCCUCUGUCCUCAGCUGCUGGGAGGUCACCGCUGAUCCCGGGGACAUCCUGGGUCCAGUGUCCUUGUUCUCCUGAGGCUCUGGGCCACACGGUAUCAGCUCGCCCUCUGGAGGGGCUGGAGACUGAGGUCAGCCAUGCGGGCAGCCGACCAGGUCUGCGUGACGGGAACCGGAUAAAGACCUUGGACACCGAGGCUGGGGGCUUCCCCGGCUGGCAACACUCAUAUGUGCUGUCACUUUGGGGUCCGCGACUCCACGGGGAGAGGGCAGUAGGGACCCUCCUGGGCCCUGCUCUGGGCACCCCUUCCCCUGGCUGAUGGCAGUCUGGGUCCUUUCCCUGUGAUAAACCGUAACUGUGAGCAUGACAGCUCUCGUGAGUUCUGGGAGCCCUUCGAGAGAAUCAGCGGACCCGACGGGGUCUCGGGGACCCCAGACUCUGCAGUUGGCAUCAGAAGUGAGGGUGCUCUUGAGAAUUGUUCCCAGGUGUUAUAACUUCACAGAUGAUGUGACUCUUUCUAGUCCAUAAGGGACUUUUAACUUCAAGGGGAUUUAGGAUUAACAUAGAAAUUUAACAGAAUCAAACUCAAAAUGUUAUCAUUUUUGUCAAGAAUUUAUAUGUGCUUCAUAUUUCAAGCAUUUUCCUACUGGAGAGAAGUGGGCUGAUAGGAAUAAGGGAGAAGCUCAUGAUGUUGACAUGAAGUGUCUCAUGGGGUCGCUGGUGUAGACUUGUGACUUUAGGUAGAAACCAUAUAAUUUUAUGUAUAGUACUGGAACAUUGGAAAGAGCUUAAGAAUCACCAUAUUUUUUAGCCUAAUUUAUUGAGUUUAUAAUCUUUUUUUUAAAGAUUUUAUUUAUUUAUUUGACAGAGAGCGACACAGCGAGAGAGGGAACACAAGCAGGGGGAGUGGGAGAGGGAGAAGCAGGCUUCCCGCUGAGCAGGGAGCCCGAUGCGGGGAUCGAUCCCAGGACCCUGGGAUCAUGACCUGAGCCGAAGGCAGACACUUAAUGACUGAGCCACCCAGGCGCCCCGAGUUUAUAAUAAUUUUUAAGUAUUUAGAAAUUUCACAAAGUUUGAAAAAAUAGAUUCCCCGUAGAAUAUGUUGGAUUUUCUGGAUGUAGUUUAAAAGGUUCGAAGACAUCAAUGGGACCAAACAUUAAAGUCCCCUUCAACGGGCUACACACGUGUAGCACUGCUAAGUGUCCCUUAGAAUCAGAAAAUUUGGUUCGGGAUUUGUAAUCUGGAGCUCCAGCACUCAUUUAAAGACCAAAGUGACUUCUGAGCCCUUGGUCCCGGGUGCAGCCCCCAGGACGGCUGAGCUCCCUCCAAGGGGCCUUCAAUCCCUGUGCUCAGAGCUGCGUGUCCCUUGAGUGACUGGGGAACACCAUCCAGCUGACCUCUCCUGUCCCCGUGAGGCUCCCUGUGCUUUUCCUCUCCUCCCUGCGGUGCUGCCCUGCACCCCCGAGCACCCCCUUCCCAUGCUGUGGUGCUCCCAGCCAGCGCCCUACUUUCCAUUAGCCUGUUUCUUCCAGGACGGAGGCCAGGCAGACCCAGCCCCCCAGCUGGUGGCUCUGGAGGCCCCACAUGGUCCUCACUUCCCACCGCAAUGGGGCCUCGGAGGCUGCCCGGCUGCCUGUACGGAUGGGGGACUGAGGUCCCAGGGGGCUGGGAGUCACCAGGUGAACCAAAUAGCCUCCUUCGAGUCUCGGUCCACCUCAGGCCAAACCUCUCACCAGAGUGAAAGCAGGACAUCAGGCAGCAAGAGUUCCUUCCUGGGCCCCAUCCUCUGUCUUCCCACCUCUCCUGCCCUGUGUAGCCCCACGCAGGCGCCCCUGCUCACCAAACCCUCCCCCUCUUAGCCAGUCCAAACCCGGCCUACCCAGAUGGCCCGGUAACCCCAGUGCUGACCCCGGGCCGCCUGGGGGCAGCUUGGCCUGAGGGUGCCGCUGAAGCCGGACCACAGGGUGGGGGUGGCCUUUCCAGAAGCAAAGCCACUGGCAGGGUGGGGUUUGCUCCCCUGAAGCCCCUCAGGACCCCCCACCACUGCUGGCCAGUCCCGCUCUUUUCUCUGCACCCCCGAGUCCACCAACCAGUGGACGCUGCGUGAGGCUACACCCCGGCUCCCCAGGCCUGACCCCCCCCCCUCACGGUGACCCUCAAGUCCCAGCUGGGGGCCUAGGAAGGGCCGGGAUGCCCCCACCCAGCCCCUGCCCCAGGGCAAGCUGGCUUAGGUCCCGUGUUUCUUCUGUAACUGCCCCAGGGCCGGCCACUAACCCUGUGCCAGCCUCAGCCACCCCGCCCCAGAGCUACCACCCCCCCAGCCGCCACCCUGCCCUGGAGUCGCCACCCCCCCAGCCGCCACCCCCCCCCCAGCCGCCACGCACCUGCCUCUCCCUAGAGGCCGGCACCCUCCGUGGAUUUCCGACUCAGUGUGCGCUCUUCCCCCAGGGUGUGGUCUGUGAUGACAUUUCCUUUCUUAUGUUCUGUUUCUCCCAGAAUUUCAGAUGGCUCUUCGCUCGCUCUGACUGCUCACAGGCACCGCUCACUCCUGCCCUCUGAGAUGCUUCCUCCCACAGCCCCACUGCGUCUGCUUUUCUGUCUCGUUUGUGCUGAUUUGUUUUCCGGAGACCCUCAUCCUGGAAUACAAAGGCCUUUAAGAAACCAAACAGCUCAUGAGGAAGGCCCAGCUCCCCAGUGUCUCCCGCUGCCUCUGCAGAGAGCCCCAGUUCCAGACCCACCCCCUGUCCUGGCCACCACCCCACAGUGCUACCGGGGCAUGCCAUGCCGUCGCCCACACCCCCCUUUUGCAGACCUCCCUGUCCCCCUCCUUCUACCCCUGCCCUUCUGCCCCUACCUCUGCCUCCUUCUCUCUCUCCAGCAUCCUCUGGCCCCUCCCGUCCUGCCAGCCACUGUGUCCUUCCAGAAUCCCUUAGAAGCAAAACUUCCUCCCCUGUUCUCUCCCAUUGGCCCCUGCCCCCUGCCAGCUCUCCCCCGCUCUCUCCCGCCGCCCACCUCUGUCCACCUGGAACUGCUCCAGAAUGCCUCCUCCCUCCGACCUGCCUCUUUGCAGGAGUUCUGGACCUUGGGCACAGGCCCCCCACCGAGUGACCUCUGAGCACAGCCCCCUUGGCUCAGCCCUGGAAAGGGCUGGGGGUGCCAGGUGUCCCUCUCUGAGUCCCUUCCCCUGUCCAUGGCCGGGUCCUGAGCUUGGCUCUGACCGUGGUGGCUGCUAGCUGCCAGCCACAGUCCCGUCUCUGAGCCGCGGCCCCAUUCAGAGCAGGACAAGCCUUGGCUCAGGGUGCCCAAAGGACGGGGGUCUCGCUCAGAGGCUGUUCCCCAAGGACAGCAGCAACCUGAGGAGGGAGUGAGCGCCUCACUGCAAGAGUAACAAAAUGGCUCUAGAAGGAGGGUCAGAGCAGGGACCUCUGAGGCCAUCUGGGCUGCCACCUCACUUGCCUCUCUCGAUGUCUCAGCGGGGCCACAGAGCUGCCCAUGAGACUCCAGUCUCCACCCCAUCUGCCGGACUUCUAUUCAUCCCCCAAAGCCCUGCUCUCUCUUGUCCUCCCCUCCAUGGCCACCACCCUUCAGCCCACCCUUGGUGUCACCUCUGUGGGCCCUCCCUGGCCCUCCCUGUCCUGGCACCUGCUUGGCGCUCUCUGAAGACAGAGACCGUCGUGGCAGCCCUGUGCCCCCCUCUUUGCCCUUCUGUGCACUGGGGGCUGCCCCUCCGCGGCGGGCCCUGGGCUCCUGAGCUCCUGCUGCUAGCUCGUCUGGCGUCUUCCAUGGCAGAAGUCUGGGCUGUGAAGGAGGCUAUUUUUAGCCUCUGUUAUCCUCGUAAUUAUCUUGUCUCUGUUUUGCCCUGUGCUUGGUACAAUUCUGCCAGAAAAUGUCAGUCUGUCUUCACACUCAGGGGAAAUGGGGACGAGGGGUACCCCCACCAUGGAGUGGGUGGGCGCUGGCUGUGCCGCUCAGAGAACCUCUUCUGAUUCCACCCCCGGGGGGGGGCUCUGCUCUCCCACUACAGGAGACACCGGCCCCACCUAACAGAGGCCAGGAGGGCCUUAGAGGAAAUUCUGACACCUCCCAGCCAGAGGGACCCGGGGGUGGGACGGUGGCUGGGGUUGCAGACUGAGGCCUCGCCUGUGCCCCGACGGCCCUCAAAACAGGGCCAGGCCUGGAUGAGGUGCAGUGAAACUGUUUGUGCAAAGAGUUCUCGUCCGUGAGGAUUCGGACCUGGCCUCGGGGAGCAGACGCUGCUUUCCUCUGAUCCCUGGAUGAAGCAAGAGCUUGGGGUCCACUCAGACCCCCACAUCUCCUGGAGCCUGUCCUUGGCAGGCAGGAACUCUGUGUAUUCCUGCUGUUCCUCUAAGCCUCCGAGGAGACCCUAACUGGGUUUGCUCCUUUGAGCGGGUAAAUCACUGCUGUGCAGGACUCUCCCUCAAGAACAGAUGGGACGUGGCCAUGCGCACCACUGCCUGGGGCUGGGAUCCUAAGUCCUUCUUUGGGCUGGAGACAGGCACCUGUGGGAACAGAGGCACAGAAGGAGGCUUCUCGGUGGGAGGUGCAGGAGGGGACGCGGCCUGGGGUCUGGGGCCUCUAGACCUCAACGCCUCCCCUGAUGUCAGCUGGCACCUCUGGCUCCCCCUGGCCGGCCUUCAAGGCCAUCCCUCCACGCUUAUUUCUCCCCAGAUGCUCAUGUUUUGAAGUUGUUGUUCUUUAUUUAAUGUCUCUCUGCAUUUCCACUCUUCUCCCCUGUCCCGUCAUCCAGGUGUUGCUAUGGGAACCAGGCUGUGGUACCCAUGGCAUCCGUGAUGGAUGAGUUUCAGGACCACCUGUGUGUGUGUGCUUGUGUGGUAGGGGGUGUGCACAUGUGCGCGUGUGUGGUGGGGGAGGUGUGGACGGGGGCUGAGAAGGGCCCCUGGGGUGCGUGGCCUGGAGUAGGAGGAGCAGGGGGGAGGUGGUUGUGGGAAGCCCACACCGCGCGCUACCCCAGCCUCCCCAGCAGGGGUGUGACCCCAUCACUGCCAAGGCCCUGCUCCUCAUGGCCGCCCCUCCUGGGUGCCUCCGUCCCGGCCGGGCACCAGGGCCCAGGACGGCCCGCAGGGGCCUCACUUCAGCCCUGGCCCCCCGCGGCCCCGUUCCUUCCGCCUGUCCUUCGACUCCAGGGCCUCCCUCCUUUCCCUCAGGUGGCUUGCGGAGCUGACUUAGUGCUGGCCUCAGCCCCCCAGCAGUGCGGGGUGCCCGGAGCUGCAGGCCCUGGGGGCUCACUGGGCACAAGGCCUUGCUGUCCCCUGGGCUUUCUCCUCCCCUUUGGCGUCCCCAUCUCAGCAGCAGUAGGGCCACCCCGGCAUCUCCAGAGCCCUCCGCUGCUCUUGGGACCCAGACCACGGAGGACGGAGGGGAGCCGAGGGGAGAGGGGCCCCCCGGGGCGGGGAUGGGCUGAGGCACUGGGCUCGUGCUGCAGUGUUGACAGUGCCUGGGAGCUCCGAGCUGGAGUCCCGAUGAGCCCCAUGGGUGGGAGAGGAGAGCCGAGGAGAGCCGCAGAGGCCGGCCUUCUGCCAGCCUCCAAGCUCCUCCCUUCCCGCAGUUCCGCCUCGGCGCCCCCACCAGGCCAGCCAGUGGGGCUGAGUGCUUGGGGAUGGGAUGCAGGCUCAGGGGGGUCUGACCCACAUCGAGCCCUGGGCCCCAGCAGAGCAGGCUCCCAGAGCAGGGCUGUGCCUCCCCAGCACGUCCUGCUCCCCCGCUCUGACACCUCCUGGUCCUAUAGAUCACACCUGCCUGAAGACUCUCUCUCCCUCCCCUUCUGGAGUGCUUCCUGCGCAGGGUCAGGCUUUGGAUAUAUUGGGUUAAAAAAAUGCAUAAUUAAAAUGAAUUUCUCUUGAUUUUUUAUUGUGGCUACUAGAAAAUUAUAAGUCACAUUUGUGGCUCAUG